CAGAUCCGGAAAUAUCCUAAUAUCACAGAGCACGAACAGCAUGCACAACAACACCAUCAGGGAUAUCAGCAUCAUCAACACGGUUCUGAACAACAUCAGUCAACGCAACAUUCUCACCCUCAUGUUUCAGAGGAACAGAAGCAGUGGACUCACUCAACGACUGGAAUUCAUCAGAAUGUUUCGCACGAACAUCAUAAUGUUGCUAACCAAACGGAUCAUCAUCAAGCUGGACAACGACCGCGAAUCCCCGAGAAGGGCACUGUUCUGACAAAUGAGAGGAAGGGAGAAACACGGUCGGUGGAGAAAGCGGAGAAAGCGGCAAAGGUACAAGAACUAGAAAAAAAGGCAGAUGCUGAGCAUCAGACAGAGGUGAGGCUGAGGGUGAAAGAAGGGCAACUCGAGAAGCAACUGCAGGAGGUCAGAGAAAUCAACAGAAAGGCGAGGAUGAAGGAGACGGAAGAGGCUAAAGGGCGAUCAAAGGAUGCAGGACAGGUGAAAGAAACAGCUUCCAAAUCAAAGGAUAAUUCUGAUGCAACUUCUCAAGAACAUCACCAACAAGGCACCGUGAAAGAGCUAGAGAAUGCCUUUGCUGCCGCGCAUCAAGAAGAACGGCAUGGCAAAAAAGAACGAGCAGAAGGCUCGCACAAACAGGAGAGCCGUUCCUCUCAUCUUAAGGAAAAAGCCAAGUCAGAGAUAGAGCGGCUGCGAGCGAGGGUGAGGAAAUUACAGGGCACUGGUGACCUAGCGGAGCAGGAGAAGCGGAUACCUCUGACUGAUCGGGUCAAACAGUUGCUCAGAUUAAGGCUUACCCCAGUCCAUCUUCUGGUCAAGCAUCCUGAAAGAGGUGGCUUUCAAGGAGAAAAGAGAAGCCGGCCGGAUGCUUCUCAAGAUGGAUUAGGGUGAGCUCGAAUCAGAGAAGAAGGAUUGCUGCCUCGGGAGAACAAGGGGGGAAUGAUGGAUGCGAACGCACUAGCAAAGAGGCAGCGACAGGGUGAACGUGGACGAGGUAAAGAUGGGGAUAGAGAACGAGGUGGCGAAGAUAAAACAAGGGAUGCGUCACAGGUAGAGGCCAAGCAACUGAAUGGUGGGAAGAUUCAAGGUGAAAGUCGUAAAGUGGUGACUCAGAUAACUACGCAAGAUCACGAUCAGAAGAUGUCAAAGAAGGAGACAGCUGCGUCGCAUCAGCAGGAGAUGAAAGUAGAGCAGGGAAGUCGUAAGUUAGAAACCUCCGUCAAGAUUCAAUCGGAGGAGCGCAAAGAAGAGGAGGCGUCAGCAUCACGACUGAAAAGGCAAAAUCUAGAGGCAAAAGUGGGAGUUGAAAGUGAUAAAUUGGAGACGAAGGUGGAAACGCAUGAUCGUGGGAAGACGCAUAGGAAGGUGACAGCCCAUCAUAGUGGGAAGAAUGAGGCCAGUGGUCACGGAGAAGCGUCUAACUCUGAGCCAUCGUCCCAGGGCUAUGCUUCGAACGAUGGAUCGAGUACAGCGUCAACGACCACUACGACUACAUCGACAACGUCAACGAGCAGCACGACAUCGACAACCACUACAACGACAGCAGAAGCAGUCACGACAACGACUGCACCUGCGUCGCCAUCAUUGCUAGUAUCAGAAAAUGUACCUGAGUCGGGAAAUGCAGUUCCGAUAUCCUUUGCCAUCUCCCUGUCGGUGGAUUCGAGUGGUAUGGAACAUGUGGUUGGUAAUGGUCCCACGUACUUGAAUGAAUCAAUUUUCUUCUACCUACUGUCGUUCCUUCAAGUCCCUUCGGUCCUAUACAGUUGUGGCUCUAGUUGUGUUUCUUUUCAUUUAUAUUUCGACGUCAAUGAAUAGACGAAACAAGAGCAAUGCAGCCAGAACUCUAACAUCUAUUCGCGAACGGCCGCUGAUGUCGUCGCUUCAGAGGCUUUCAAGGCUUCUGUCUCUAGAGCGCUUAGAAAAACCUAUGGAGCUGAAGCGGAGAUCGUGAGUGCGAAGGCCGUUCCUGGCGACAGAGAGGCAGCUUUGGAUGUCAACAGCAAAUUAGCAGUGGGUGUGGGAGAAGGUGCGUCAUCUGCUGGGAAAAGUAGACAUUUUUCUGUCUCUGCGACAGUACUAAUACCUAAAGAUCACGAACAAGGUGGGAAGUCUAGUACCAGUACAAUUGAAAGAGACAGAACAAACCAUCAAAGGCACUACAUCAGAAGUACAACUGGAGGUGGAAGAUUUCAGCAUUUUCUUUUGUCGGGGUCAUCUUCUAGGAAGAGCGGGCAGCGUCAGCACGAGAAGACGAUAGGAAUGUACCUGCCAGAAGCCUCAGAGGAAGAUACUGACGAGGACGUGAUAGAAGACCACGAGAUAAACUUCCAAGCUGAUCUACAAAGUGAGUUGUCAGAGGCGCUGCCGGCAGAUUUAAUGGCUAGAGUGGAGACAGUAGGCGAUAUGGAAAUAGGUGCAGUAAAGACGGUUCCGCCUUUGCACGCUGGGGAUGGAGUUAAGGCCUUGCUGCUUCACUUGUAGAAAAAUCCGUCCGCGUUGUAUUCUGUUCAGUUUUUUUUUGAUCUAGCAUGUAUUCCGAGGAUUAUAUGCCUCAUGUAACAACAUGGAUACUUACUUCUAUUCUUGUAAUAGCACGCCUCCUGAAUAGUCGACGCGUCUGAUGAUACUUCAAUAUUGUAACGACGCCAACAUCUUCUAAUCCCAACAUUUCUCUCCGCAUGUCACCUGGCUACUACUGUGCGAUUGAGGACUUGGAGUAUCUUAGCCGACGUGGACCCUGUAGGCAGCAUAAUGGAGGCUCAGCAUCUUCUAGUGGAAAUGGUUCAGGCAAAGCACAGGAAUUCACUUCCAAAUAUCAAUGCGAAGACGACUGCUUGAACGAAGGCGGCUGUGACGCUUUUUCUCUCGAUCUCAACGCCUACAACGCAGAUGGGACUGCGGUGAGUCUUAGCGACAUGUGCUGCACUCUGUAUACCAACUGCACUUUAGUCCACGUUGAUGGUCGACGUAAUGGUGGCGGUCGUGGGGACGGAGCUGGUCAAACGUCUCUGGUCUUUGGUCAAACGUCUAACAAAGGGUCGAACUAUUGGAGCAAUAGUACGACCUUUCCAGAAGACCAGGCGUUUUUUUCUAUGCUUGGAUAUCGCGUGCAGUAUGAUACGGUGAGUGACACGGUGAUAUCAUCUGGGAGCGCAGAUGCGGCGGAGCGCGUUCUUAAUGCCGUUCUGCUAUCCAAUGUCAGCAAUGGGCAGCCUACAUCAAAUAGCAGAGUCAUCGUGCGUCAUGCUCGCGUGCCUGGAAUCAACACUACCGAAAACGAGACAGAUGCUGUAGCGACGUACUUUGCGACGACGGAAAACGGAACAGGUACAACGAGAUCAUUGUAAGUUGUAUUUACCUGAGGUUCCUACCCCAAGGCCUCAUACCUCGUGAUAGAGAUUGGGUAGCGUUUGAUCACUUUGUAGUUCAUCGACACAAAACGUUGAUCCCGUCUUUGUGAUCCAAAUGACCUACAGAUGCAGAGCCCCAAUUUUGGCGACUACCUUUUCAAGCCGACGCUAAUCACCUUCUCCGGCGUAUCCGUAUUUUUGACGUUGCCGAUGGCACUGGACUUGACGGCCUCGAUAGAGGGCAUACGGAAUUACGGAUUCUUAGUGGUAUUGUUCUUCUUGUCCUCUCCGUAUUGGCACUACUUGUUUUGUUCUUUUUCUUGUAUCUUGGUAGAGGCUGUUGAUAAAGUAGUUGGAGGGAGUAGGAGUUUUUAUUUUUGUCUAGUUGUAACUGCUUCAAGAAUGCAAGAGGAGAGAUUAAACGACCGGUUAGUUGUUUACAGAGAAUCAUCAAAAAUGGGUGUUACAAUCUGCUCAAUCCUAUGCGCAUCCACGAACUCUAGGUGUUCCGGAUAGCAAUAAGACGCUGGAAGAAGUAGUAUGGCCGCUUGGCAGUCAGGAACCAACUUCGGGAAUUCCGGAAAGCGGACUAGAUAUUUUGCUAAAACCUUCGAGGCAAGCCUUGGGGAUCGAGCUUCGCAGUACGAAAACCAUUGUGGCUGUGAGGGGAAUACAGCUGGAUGCGGUACUAUUUGUGUAUAGGUGCAUAGUGGAUGGCCUUCGUCCGGCAGGGUGGGCAAGGCUUUAUAUGUAGAGAGAAUAGAAGCAAAGGCCUGAGGGGGGACGGGCUCGGGCGGCGUUCUAGAGUAGCGACUGCGUAGCGUGCGUAGAGGCGCGGGCAAAGGUCAACAGGACCCCCGCAGGGCCCACCGUUCUGGGAGCGUCAUCGGCUAGGGGCGUGCCUGAUUGGUUCGAAGACUGGCACUCAGUAGCGCCCCGGGCCCAAAUUCUCUCGGUUGUGGGUUCGUUGGGUGCGUAGCAAAGGAAAGGAAUUCACACGCCCAAAAAAGCUGGCGACUCGGCGGCGCCGCUGGGAGGCUUCUGCCGCUUGUGAAAGAAAGGAAGCACCGACGGCGCGGCGACAGCAGCGGAGGCCGAGCAUGCACGAGUCCCAGAGCUAAGGCACGGAGGCCGCUGGUUCGCCGGACUUUGAGGCGGUUGGGGUUUCUUGUGGCUUAUCGGAUUGGCUGCCCACGUGCUUACUAGUGGCCUGGUGGUAGUCUCUCGCGGCCUGGCCUUUCGUGGUCGAGGGCCUUGGCAUUUGCCUGAAGAAUAUAGAUUUUCCCGCGCGCUAUACAGGAGCGCGGGAACCGCAGGGGGCCACAGUAGCAGAGCGUGCAACGCUGUAGAAGAGCAAGGGACCCGAUGGGCAAGAACUCACCCCACAAACUGGCGACACGCACUCAGGAGCCAGGGGGGUGGCUGAAGCAGGGGGGUGGACGCGGGGCGGCUUCUGGUUGGGUGGGAUCGUUUGGCGCUCAACGUGACACAGCCAGGUUGCGGCUGGCCAUUAUGCGCGCCGGCUAGCUGUCUCGCCUCCGCGUUGUUCGGGCUUCAUCGCUGUAAACUAGGCCCCUUUUGCGCCAUUUUUGUGCGUGCGUGAAUGAGUUCGCUAUCGUGAGUGGAUGGGGCUGGUUUCUCGUUUCUUUCUGGCUUCUUUAGCUUUCUGCCUAGCUAGGGCUUUGGGCUUGGCUCCUCUCUGUUGGCCCUUGUCGGGCCAGCUUUUUGAGGUUGGGUUUGUAUGCGAUCAGCAGCGGGGCGUGUCAUGGUGAGCCGGUGCCCAUGAUUAUGGCGCGCUGUGGUGGGCUGUUGCUGAUGCGACUGCCCACCUCCCUAGGGUUUCUCCACCUGGAAGCCUGGGGGGUGGGACGCCAUGGGCGGAAGCAUCCGCGCGCUGGGUUAGUAAAUAUUUGAAUAUAUUUAGUGCUUCUUUUCAGCUUUUCCCUUGUGUCGUUGACCAGUUCCCAUGAGCGUGAGCGGGAGGGCGAGCAUGCACGUCCCUACUUACUUUUCCUUCUUCUUGCUGCAGUUGCUCUGCGUGCAGUAAGAUCGUACCAAAAUCAGGGACAACGUAAAACGUCUGUAGUGUGCGGCUCCUACUAUUUCUACCCCAGCAUCCAUCUCGCGCUCAGGUUGAUGUCGAGCGUGUAUCCGCCGCGGCUCAGGCUGAGUUUGAUACCGUUGGCAGCUUAAUGCAGAUCGGAGGCGUGUAUAACUUGGAACAGCAUGUGUCGGACAUCAUGCAUCGCAUGCGAAAUUUUUAUGAGGAUAUGCUUGGUCGCUGAUUAAUUUCGAACAUAGAAGCGGAAGCUUCCUCUAUUUGAAUUUUCCUUCUGAAGAUGCAUAGACAAUCAAUGGUUUUGAAAAAUUCCAAGAAACAAACUAUACCUGGUCGCACGAGUAGGUGUAAGUGCGAUUUAAGGAUUAAGGCUUGAGUAUUGCUGUAUCCAAGACAAAAUACAUGGUAAUUCUUGCGAUGUACUGACGUUUUUCCCGUACUACUGUAACAGCCAGAUAGCAGGUUCGGUUUUGCUGAUAAUUACCUCCGCGUUUACAGAGUUUUUUAGAGUGUACAUCAUUGUCGUCGUUACACAGGCACAGUAUGCAGUCCUACAGUUUCAGUAAGCCUAAAUCAAGACUAGUAGUGGCCUAUCGUAGGAAAAUUAUGAACGACUGAUUUCUGACUGUAUUCUUACUAUUGUUGUCGUCUAAUUUUGUGGGAGUAGGUUGCGGUCCUCUUUUUGUGUUACUAGUAUGACUCCUUUGAUGUACCUCAGUCAUGUAUAGAAUGGAACAGUAGAUAUCGUGAAUCAACAAGAGUGCGGAAAAAAGAAAAUGGGAUAUCCCUCCCCCACAGGCACUUCAUUCUUUGUAGCUAAAAUUGAAUUUUAGAUCGAUUCUGAUUGAAGAAGAAGAACAUGUAUGGAAGAAAGUUGGAUAGAAGAACUCGGCACCAAGUUACACACUAC